AGUUGCAAGAUACCCCCAUACACACAACCAGAUACCACACUGCACCGCCAGCAUGGACUUGACAAUCUCCGGGCAAGCAACCAUUCCUUCUACCAUCUUCGCAUCGUUUCUCUUUCUCUACUUUUUUUUCUCCAUAUCAAGAAGCCACCGCAGAAGCAAAACUACGGUUAGGAAACCACCACCGGAAGCUGGCGGUGCGUGGCCUGUGAUUGGGCACCUCCAUCUCUUAGUAGGGCCAGAGCCACCGCACAUCACCUUAGGCAACAUGGCCGACAAAUACGGACCAAUAUUCAACGUAAGGCUUGGCGUUCGGCCGACCUUGAUUGUGAGCACUUGGGAGAUUGCCAAGGAAUGUUUCACUGUAAACGACAGAGCCUUUGCUAGUCGUCCCAAACUCGUAGCCUUCCAAGUCUUGACCUACAAUCGCCGGAUGCUCGAAGCCAGUCCCUACGGAUCCUACUGGCGUCACGUGCGCAAGAUCGUUACGCUGGAAGUCCUCUCCAACCAUCGACUGGAGAUGCUUAAACACGUGAGAGAAUCCGAGGUGAAGUCAGCCAUGAAAGUGACGCUUGAUCGUUGGUUCGAGUCGAACACUAAAACUGGUCAGAAUUUGCAAUCAGUGCCUCCUCUGUCAUGUGAGAUGAAGCAAUGGUUUGGAGACAUAACCUUAAACGUUGUGUAUAGAAUGGUCGUUGGAAAACGUUUUGCCGAAACAGAAGGGAAAGAAAGGAUUCGCAAAACGUUGAGGGAAAUAUUCGAUCUAAGCGGAGCGUUCUUGAUAUCAGACGCGUUGCCGUAUUUGAGUUGGCUGGAUUUGGGUGAGCAAGAGAAGGCCAUGAAGAAGACAGCAAAAGAGUUGGACCAAUAUAUUCAAUUUUGGGUGGAUGAAGACAAACGCAAGAGGGACUCCGAUUCAGGGCAAGACAAGGCUAAGCACGGAGACGUCAUGGAUGUUCUUCUUUCCAUCGCUGAUGAAGCUGAACUGAUUGAUGAUGGCCCUGAUUCUAAUACUAUGAUUAAAGCUACAAACCUGGUCCUAAUUGCAGCAGCAACGGACUCAACGACAGCGACGCUAACUUGGGCCCUGUCUUUACUGAUGAACAACCGUGAAAUCCUGAAGAAGGCAGCUCAUGAAGUAGACACUCAAGUUGGGGGAGAAAGGUUCACAGUGGCAGGGUACCACAUACCCUCUGGCACGCAUCUCUUGACCAACCUCUCAAAAAUCCAUCGAGACCCGCGUGUUCAUGAAGACCCAUUGGAGUUCAGGCCAGAGAGAUUCCUGAGUAGCCACAAAGAUGUGGACUUGAGGGGCAAGCAUUUCGAACUGAUUCCCUUUGGCGCGGGCAGAAGAAUGUGCCCUGGAAUCUCGUUUGCUCUCCUGAUGAUGCAACUCACACUCGCCAACUUGCUGCAGGGCUUCCAUAUUGAAACCCCUGAUAACCAACCGAUGGAUUUGAGCGAACAGGUCGGUCUGACCAACAUCAAAGCCUCACCUCUCCGAGUCCUUCUCACCCCACGUCUCUAUGCAUAAGGGGGGAAAACGAGCUAGCUAGGCUUUUAGCAUGCAUGUGUUUUUGUUUUUUUGAAGAAGAAGAUCUAAUGUGAUCCGAAGCUUUUCAUAACUCAGCUUAUGUUUUUAUCAGCCUGUGCUUGUUUUACUAUUAUAUUUGCAAAGCACAUAUAUUCAAGUCAAGAAAGAAGAAACCACCGGUUCCGGAGGGAAUGAAUCCGUUAAGAGUUUUGAUGGGGGGAAGA